AUUUCGCUUUUGUUUUUCCCUCUCUCCAUUUUUAACCUCUCCCAGUUCUGCACACCUCCGGAGUAUUUGCCCCACCUUAACCCGGCCGGUGUAACCACCACGCAUGGCGGUGGAAUCGCCGACUGACGUCAUGGCGUCUCUGAUGGAGCAGUUGAAGCUCGAUGACCCAUGGAUACCGCCUAGAUCGUGGGACUCCGUUCCUUCUCAAACUGGCGCGUCCUCUCACUCUCACUCUUCUCAAUUUCUGUACCCCGCUUCCACUGUCUCUGAGCCCAGUUUGGUGAGAUUGGUGAUGAAUGCUCUACAGGGUGUAGAAUCUGCUUUAAUAUCUAUUGAUAAACUCUCUGCAGUAUUUUGUUACAAUUCAGCAGAUAGAACUUCUCAUCAAAUUCCAAGUUUAUGGACCCGGUGUUUGAGUACUUCUGCUUUAGGAGAUCUACUUAAAUCUAUUGGCAAGUUUGGUUGCAUUGUUUUCCUCCUCCAUAAGUUUGUCAGUUACUUCACGAGUCCGGAUAUUGAUGGAAUAGUAGACAAGGAGGAAUAUCGAAAUAAUGAUUCCUCUGAAGAGUUGAGAGGACCACCACCUAAGCGCACCCUUAGCAACCAAGCAUUUGCAGUUGCUGUGGGGAAGGUCGUAGAUGGCUAUAUCUCUGCACUUAAUACAUUAUCUGCAUCUGUGAGUUUAAGGCGUUCCUCGAAGAGUAAUCUUGGAGGCUGUCUUACUAAUAUUGGGCAUUCAGAAGUUACGGUCUUGGAGGUAUAUCUUCACACGACUGGCUUGAGGACUCAGAUGGAAUCCCUUGGAAACAUCUGCAAUAUCAAUAAUCUUGCCCUUAACUUUCCAGCCUUGUCUUUCGAAGACCUAAACAGCGAAGCAAAUCUAGAGUUCAGUAUCUUCCCCAGAGGCGGUGCUCUGCUCUCAUAUUUGUAUGCUCAGCUAAAGGUUGCUGAUCCAGAUCAUUGUGCCCUCCUCAAGUUCCUCUUUCUCCAGGCAUAUGAACCAUAUUGUGGUUUCAUUAGAUCAUGGAUUUAUGAUGGCAGAAUUAGCGAUCCUUAUCACGAGUUCAUAGUGGAGUAUGUCAACGAGCUUCAAACUUCUGCAUUUGUUGAUACUGGAAUUUCCAUUGACUUGCCAUUAUCCACCAUUAAGGUGCGAGAUGGAGUUGCUAUACCCUGUUUUCUGGAAGAGUUCUUGAUUCCACUUUUUAGAGCUGGUCAGCAGCUUCAAGUGAUAAUGAAGUUGGUCGAGUUGUGUCGUAAUGAUUAUGCACACGAUAAUUCUCAUGAAGGGGUUUUUCCCUGCUUGAUUGGUUUGUCAAGUGAAUAUCCAUGGUUUACAUUCCCCCUAACAUUUGACAAAGGAACUAUUGAAACUAUGGUACUUGCAAGAGCCAGUUAUUACCAACAAAUGCUGGAAAAGAUUGACAACAUUUUAACUAAAUUCGAAUAUAGUUCUCGACAGGCCAAUUCUCAAGGCAUUCCAUUAAUUGGAAAUAACCUUAAUGAUCCAGUAUCAUCUGGUGCUGAUGACAGCUUGUUUCCACCUCUAACAGAUGGAAGAGACAAAGAUUUGCCUGAUUCAGAGGUUUCAAGCAUUGUGGAUGAGUAUUCUUAUACUGAAGAUCUGUUGGACUCAUCUGAAUGCUCAUCUAUUAAAAGCUCUGAAGAGCAAAACAACACCAGCCAGACGAUUUAUAUGCAUCGUGGAAAUGUGGGCUUGGAACCAAGUUACUUAUCUGCUUUGGAUAUCUCCCUGUGUUUGUCCACUAAUAAUUCAGUGCAACAGCUUUCCCAAAAGGGCAUGUCAUUAUGUUUGGAUGUUAUUCCUUGUGAGAGAGAUGAGAGAUCAGAUUAUGCGAAUCCUUGUAAUGAUGGAGCAAAUCUAAGUGAGCUAGAAUUUUUGCAGACUCCCGAAACCCUGGCUACCAGUAGAGAGCAUGAUAUAUGGAUGUUAGAUGGUCAUGGUGCAGGCAGAGGUAACACUGAAAAUGCAUGGGGGCAUACUAGUGAUUGUGUAGAGAAUCUGAGCAAGGAAAACCUUAGAUUCUCAAGGACUGGCACGUUAGAUUGCUUUGAUUUAGGUAACAAUGAAAAUGCCUCCACAGUGAAUGCUAUCAAUAAAGAUCAGCAUCCACAUGGAACCUUUGGAUUGUCAAAUACAUUCAGUUCUCAGGAGUGGAAGCUGAAAUACAAUUCUACUUUUUUUAGCAUGAACCCAGCACUGAAUAAAAGUUCUUUUCUAAACCCAAGGACCACACUUGGAGAGAUAUGCUCUACAAAUUACAGGGAGUCAUCUUACUUUGAUUUUACAUCUGUACAAGAUCCAUGCAAGGAAUAUGUGGAUAAGUUGGCUAGCUGUCCUCAGCGUAUAUUUGGAGCCGAAUUUUCAGCUAUAACUGAAGCUAAUGCUGCUGCUAUUAUUAACAAUAGUCAAGAUUGUAUAGAAGGAUACAAUGAAAAGACCUUAGAGAAUAAUGCCAAAUUCACUCAUGUUAGUUCUCUUCUACAUAAAAAGGCUGUUGACGAGGGUUCAUCGCUACCUAAUAUAUCUGGUGGCAGUACCUGGGAGACCCUGCUUUGUAAAUCUGGUAAUAUUGCCAACAAAUUCACCAGAGAUCACAGGAUGAGGUUGGUGGCAGCAAUUGAGAUGCCGCUGGAUUUUGUCAUAAGAAAAUGUGUAUUGGAAGAGAUAUUGCUUCAGUAUAAAUAUAUAAGCAAGUUGACCAUCAAAUUUCUUAUAGAAGGAUUUGAGUUGCAAGAACAUUUGCUGGCACUACGGCGGUACCAUUUCAUGGAAGUUGCAGACUGGGCUGAUUUAUUUAUCAUGUCUCUUUGGCAUCAUAAAUGGCAUGUAAAGGAGGCAGAUAAGAGAAUACCAGAGAUUCAGGGGGUUCUUGAGUUGUCAGUCCAAAGGUCUUCAUGUGAAGGGGACCCAUAUAAGGAAAGAUUGUUCGCGUACCUGAAAGGAGAUGGGAUGGUACACCUAUCAGCUUCUGCCACUGGAAUCCACUCCUUUGAUUUGCUGGGAUUGGGUUAUCGAGUGGAUUGGCCAGUCAGUGUCAUUUUGACACCUGCUGCAUUAAGUAUAUAUUCUGAGAUCUUUAGCUUCCUAAUACAAGUGAAGCUCGCUGUUUUUUCUCUAAGUGAUGUCUGGUUCUCACUGAAGAGUUUUGGUGGGAAACAACACGAACAAGAAGUGCUUCACAUUUCAAUCUUAAACGAAACAAGGCACAAACUUAACCAUUUUGUGUCUACGUUACAGCAAUAUGUACAAUCACAAUUAUCCCAAGUAUCGUGGUGCAGAUUUCUGCACUCUCUUAAGCACAAGGUCAAUGAUAUGAUGGAUCUUGAGUCAGUGCAUAUGGUGUAUUUGACUGAAUCUUUGCACAUAUGUUUCUUGUCCAAUGAAACACGGUCAGUAGCUAGCAUUAUGCAAAACAUCUUGCAAUCUGCUAUGGACUUUCGGUCUUCCUUAACUGGAAGCAUUUUGGAGGCUAGAUCCAAUGAUGAAAAACCGGUUGACAGGUUUUCUCAGAUUGACAUUUCACAGGUGCUCUUGAUAAGAAGAACUUUUGCCAAGAAUCUUAAAGAGUUGUACUUAACUUAUCUCAGAUCACCUAAGCAUGGGGAAUUUGGUAUUUCACGUUUUUGGGAUUAUCUCAAUUAUAAUGAGUAUUAUGCAGAGGUAGUUGGUAAACAAAUGGGCCACCAUAUUUUUCCUUCAUGAAGCUCCAGGACUACUGCUAACAGAGAUAACGCCAUUGUAAUUAGGCACAUUGUGCAAUAUUUCAAGUCUUUUGCAGAGAUUCCCAGAAUUCUUCACAUUACUCUUAUUACCAUUUAGAAACCCCGGGCCUUGGUGAUAUCGACGUUUCUGUUAUAUUUGCAGUUAUAUACAUGAUAUAUGUAUAGCUAUGUAAUGGAAAUGUUCGUGACGGCUUAAAGUCAUUACCUUUUUUGAAUUUCAUCGAGAGUUUAUUUUGUCAGGCACUUUAAUGUAGCCAAAUGAAAAAUGUCUAGGGAGUCGGUGUUGCAUUUUUGUUGUAAUUGUAGGCAAUAUUUGUGGGAGAUUUUUCCCAAAGUAGUUGCACUAUAUAAGAUUAACCUUUUUCUUCCCAUAUA